UGAUUCCAAGAUAGAUUCAUUUUUUAAGAUGACCAAGUUUCCCCAGCCUUCCUACUCACUACCUUUCACUACUGAAAUGAACUGGGCUUGAACGGAAAAAAUUGGGAGGCUAAAUCGAAAUUCCCGCAACAUUUUGAGGAUGCAGUCGGCACUCCGCAUCAUCCGCAGGCAGUGUCUCAGGAGCUUUGCCUGCAAAGCGCCCAACUUUCCGGACCCGCCCUGCCAACCGGUGGACCCCAUGUGCCAUCAUGUUCCGGGCGACCGAUGCGUAGGGGCCAAGGAAGUGCUGACUCGCGAAUUGCCUCGAGAGAAGUUCUUGGAUCAGUACGAGGAGGUGGAGGGCAGGUGUUGUGUCCUGCGCUCGGCGGCCAAAGAUCCCUGCGCGGCGUUGACGCGCCCGAAGGUGCCAAAGCCAUUUAAGGAACCCUUCCGCUCGAUGUGGGAGCCCCCGUGCCUGGCGGACGAGCAGCCCUUCUGCAAGGACAAGCUGCCCCGCUUCGAUGCGAUCCACUACCAUCCGUCUAACAAGUGCCGCUGCUACCAGCGCACCUGGGUGGAGUGUCCUCCGGUGAAACAGCGCCUGAAGAAGGUGUGCUGCCUGGACGGCAUAAAACCCCCGGAGGUUCAGUAUCGAGUGAAGGAACCUUGUCCGGAGGUUUGCGGCAUACCCUACAGGAGCCUGAGACGCCUUUGCGAGAAGGGCGACUACGAGCGGGAUCCUGAGAGCAAGUGCCGCAAGCUCUUUUGGCCCUGCUGCAAGCCGGCCAGGUGCGAUCCUCGCUGUCGCAAGCCUAGCAGGCUCUCCAUUUGCACCAAGUUGCGCGCUCCGUAUCCCUCGUUUUCGGAAGUGCGAAGAUGGACCAGACCGCGCCGGAAAAUCGAGUGCCAAUGCCUGAACCCCGUCCCCCAAUGCGUAGCUGUUCGGGAGCAAAUGAGGAUGGACAGGUUAAACAUCAAGCCCAGUUGCUACAGACCUAGUACUAGCCGAGAAUUUGAAGAACUCAUAUAGGAAUUCUGCCUUCUAGAACAAAGCAAUGGACGCAAGAUGGUCACCACUUGCUGCCAUUGCCUUGCUCCAGAAGACGUAAUACCUUUAGUCCAAAACAUAGAAAACCAAAGGAAAACUAUCAAUCAAUAAAAAGUAACAUUUGUGUCCACGUGGCGUAAAUUAAAGUGUACAAAAGAAACAGCAUUUAUAAUAAAAAAUUCUAAAUUGGUAAAUCAA